AUGGUCAGAGCGUGUGAAAUUCAGUCACCAGCGGAAGUGGAAAAGGCUAACAUACCACGAGCCAAAGUACAGCGAGUGGGAUUUCCUAUGAGGAACAUUUUUCUAUGUGGGGCAGUUAUGUGUUGCGGUGCUAUAAACUCUCUGGGCCGCCCUGUGACAUUUUCAGGAAUGGGACAUUACUAUGUGUUGCGAAAAAUGGAUUUAAGAAUAACUUUAGUGGUGUGCAUUGUCAUUAGUGGUCAUGUUACAAUGUCUUCUGGGGAAUCAAGCUGUGGAACUAAGGGAGACGUGGUGUUUUUACUGGACAACUCUGCGAGUGUAGCGAGCUCAGACUUUAAGCUCAUGUUGGAUUUCGUCAAGGGUAUUGUGAAGGAAUUUGUGUUGAGCAAAACUCAAGUACAGGUUGGUUUGGAGACGUUUGACACAGGAGUCCGGACCGAGUUUAAGCUUGACUCCUACAGUAACACCCAAGACGUGCUGGACGCCGUGGACAAGGUGUCUUACGUGGGGGGAGGGGGCACCAACACAGGGGACGCAUUGGAACAUCUUAGACUCAAGUCCUUCUCUAAAGCAUUCGGCCAUCGACCUGGGGUACCCAAACUGGCCAUUGUUGUGACUGAUGGUGUUUCCUCCUACAAAAACCGCACCACUGAGCAAGCCCGACUGGCCCAGAACAGCGGUAUAACGAUAAUGACGGUAGGAGUGGGGAAAAGCACUGAUCUACAAGAAUUACAAGACAUUGCCAGCGACCCCGACUCCAAAUACCUCUUCCACAUAGACACAUUUGUUGGGUUAAAAAUGAUUAAAAGCACUCUAGCGGCAGCAACCUGUACAAAGUUGAAAGGACUAGCAAGCGACUGUAGCAAGAAAGGAGCAGCCGACAUCGUUUUCGUUUUGGAUUCCAGCGGCAGUGUGGGAGAAGACAACUUUGAAAAGAUGAAGAAUUUUACAAUGGAUAUUGUUGAUGAGUUUACGGUUGGGCCUAAUGCCGUCCAGUUUGGAAUAGUCAUAUUUAGCACGCCUGUAAUUGGCGCCUUCUCUCUGAACAAAUACGACAACACAAAAGAGCUAAAGGAAGCCAUCAGCGAGAUCGAGUUCGUGGAUGGAGAGACUCACACGGGGAAAGCACUCGAAUUUUUACGCCAAAAAAGUUUCUCAACCAAAGAAGGAGCCAGGACUAGCCAGAAGGUUCCAAAAAUCGCCAUUGUGAUAACAGACGGGCAUUCCACGCACAAGGAGAAAACCCUGGAGGAAGCUACCAAGCUGAAGGUUCAGGGCGUAGAGAUCUUCACCAUCGGAGUGGGGGACGAAGUGGAUGAGGACGAACUCACAAAAAUGGCUUCCAACAAAAACAUAUUCCGAGUGGACACCUUCAGCGCUCUGAAUCACAUUCAGCCGCUCCUUCUACGACAGGUCUGCACAGCUCCAAGCACAUGUCUUGGGAAAUCAGAUGUGGUUUUCCUCCUCGAUUCCUCGUGUAGUGUUGGUAAAAACAAUUUCCAGAAACUGAAACACUUUGUCAGUGACGUUACAUACAACCUUGACAUUAACAAGAACGGGGUACAGAUGGGAGUAGAGACGUAUGAGUGCAAGGUUCACACCAACUUUGAGCUGAAGCGAUACCAUAACAAAGUUCAAAUGCAGAAUGCUGUUAACAACAUUGAUUAUAAACCAGGCGGUACCAACACGGGAGACGCCAUCAAGCAUAUGUGGAUGCGCAGUUUCAGUCCAGAAUAUGGCAGCAGAGAAAAUGUUAGGAAACUGGGUAUUGUCAUUACUGACGGAGACUCCAAGAGCAAAGCCAGAACGUUCUACCAAGCCCAUAAGGCGCGAGAAAGUGGCGUCACAAUGAUAGCUAUAGGCGUGGGAGAUAUGACUGUAGAAGAACUAAAGGGCAUCGCCAAUGGCACGGACUAUCUCUUAACGACCAAGAAUUACGAUACUCUGCGAGACCUCACUCAAAGUGUUACCAAAAUGGCCUGCGAAGCUUGAAAAGAGACAAGGGAAACGCAGAAUAUGUGGUUUUAAAUUAAACAGACGUUAAAAACAA